AUGUCCGCCAAAUCUCAUAAUAGGGUAGUCAUUAUCGGCUCCGGCCCCGCCGCCCACACGGCCGCAAUCUACCUCGCCCGCGCCGAGUUAAAACCUGUGCUAUACGAAGGCAUGUUAGCCAACGGUAUGGCCGCCGGCGGCCAGCUCACCACUACCACCGACGUCGAAAACUAUCCAGGUUUCCCAACCGGAAUCAUGGGACCAGAACUCAUGGAUAACAUGCGCAAGCAGUCCAUCCAUUUUGGUACCGAAAUCAUUACCGAAACAGUCGCCAAACUCGACUUAUCCUCCAGGCCGUUCAAGUACUGGCUCGAAUGGGCCGAAGACGAACCACCAAAGACUGCGGAUGCGAUUAUCCUGGCUACCGGGGCGAGUGCUAAACGGUUAAAUUUACCCGGUGAGGAGACCUACUGGCAAAGCGGUAUCAGUGCCUGCGCUGUAUGCGACGGUGCUGUUCCAAUUUUUAGAAACAAGCCGUUGGUUGUCAUCGGUGGUGGAGAUUCGGCGGCCGAGGAGGCGCUAUAUUUGACAAAAUAUGGUUCGAAGGUCUACGUCCUUGUUCGAAAAGACAAGCUUCGAGCAUCAAAUAUUAUGGCAAAUAGGUUGCUGAAGCACCCUAAGGUCGAGGUUUUAUUCCAUACAGAGGCUGUUGAAGCCAAGGGUGAUAAGCUACUGAAAACCAUGGUUAUCAAGGACUCAAGAGAUGGUAAAACAAGGGAGCUAGAGGCCAACGGUCUGUUCUACGCCAUUGGCCAUGAACCCGCUACCUCUCUUGUUAAAACACAGCUAGACGUUGACGAGGAUGGAUACGUCAAGACUGUGCCUGGGACAACAGAGACAAGUGUAAAGGGCGUCUUCGCAGCUGGAGAUGUUCAAGAUAAGAAGUACCGCCAAGCAAUUACCAGUGCCGGUAAGUUCUUUAUAAUGCACCUUUAA